AUGGGCAACCCUUUGUUGGUUACCCUCAACCUUACGGUUACCUCCGCCGGCCGCCAGUUCGAUCGGCUUGGUUACAUGUAUUUCAACGACACCGAGAUCUUCCGAACUUCCACGGCUGAACCCAUACAGACCGGCAUAGAAUGGUCUUACAUGAAAGACGUGUCAAACUACCUCGCUCUGUUCAAAAAGCCGCAGAAAAUUAUCUUUGACCUAGGAAAUCUGGUCGACGACACGUACACCGGUACUUUCAAUGUCACGUUAACCGCGACUUUCUUUACAGACCCCUACCCACUGCCAGCUGCAGACGUAGUUCUCGCAGUCUCCGCACGCCACUCCUCCAUCAAUGGCUCCAGCGCGUUCGUCAUCCCUACAGAUAACGCCUCAACUACCCUGAACAUCCCACUCAAUGCUAAGAAAGCCAUCUUCACCAUCUCAGCAUGCGGUCAAUUCCUGGAAGAGUUCUGGUUUACUAAUGUUCCCUCCUCCACUGUCCAGACCUUUCCAGACACUGAACUGCUUGGUCAUUCGCCCUUUCGCGAGCUGCAGCUCUACAUUGAUGGUAUUCUUGCAGGUGUCUCGUGGCCGUUUCCUGUCAUCUUUACUGGCGGUAUCGUGCCAGGCCUGUGGAGGCCUAUCGUUGGUAUCGAUGCUUUUGAUCUGAGGGAAGAUGAAAUUGAUGUCACACCCUUUUUACCACUUCUGGUGGACGGAAACGCUCAUAACUUCGAAAUUCGCGUCGUUGGCAUAUAUGACGACGGCACUGGGAACGCCAUCCUAACCGAAAAUGUGGACGACUAUUGGGUGGUGACCGGCAAACUGUUCCUCUGGCAAGAUGACACGGAGAACAUCGCCGCUGGCGCAGCACCUGUAAUCGUCGCGCCAGAGCCUACACUACGACUCUCUUCCAGCGUUACCACAGACGUCAAUGGUACCAACGAAACCUUAAGCUACAACGUUAGCGUUGAGCGCUACAUCUCUGUGUCCUCAUUGGUUAACGCUCCCUGCGGUCCCAGACCAGUCUCAUGGCAGCAGGCCCUCGCCUUCACCAACACCGGUAUGCUAACCGACCGCGGCCGCGUCCAAGUCACUCAUCAGAGGUCAACAGGCCUCGAUGUAUCCUCCAACGACUACUCCAGGACGUUCGCCUAUCCGCUUUUCGUCAACUCCUCCUUCAGCACAGACGACGAGAGCGGGAACUUUUCCAUCGCCGCGACUAUUUCCCGCGGGAAGGAAGUCCGCGUCAUCGGGUCUAACGUCUUUCCUACUGACCAGCUCGACAGUACUAAGCGCAGCAGCGAUUUGUCACCCACUCUGACAGGCACGCAUCUCAAUACCGUUCAAAACGGCAGCGCGACGUACCUGGCCGCACCGAAGCUGAAGUACGCAGUCGGUCAUGGAGCCACGGAGCAGGAUCUUAUUUUCUCAACCUCGGAGGGCUUCCAGCCGCCGUUGCGGAAUCAACAGAUGUAUGGUCCGGAAAGGGACUACCGAUUUUAUCGAAGGCACGUUCUUGCUGUCAACGGAACGCUUGUGGAAGACGAUGAGAUGAUUCGUGGACACGAAAACGAGCGGAAAGCUCGACAAGCUUACCAGGCGGGUCGGACUGAGUAUUGCGUUCGUGAGGGCGUAGGGAGGAUGCUGGGAAGGGGACCACGGCUCUAA